CACAUUCAACAGGCAGGUUUGUAUAUCGUAGUCGCUGUAGUCACACGGUCAAAUCAGAUGCAUUCGAAGAGUUCGCGAUAUUAAGUUCAAAGACACGCUCGCUGCGUUCUUCAGCCAAAGAAAGACAUUUGAGCAAAAAUCGGACUAGUUUGAGGAGUUUGGUGGUCUUCCUCAAAGAGUAGUGAAACAAACUUUUCCUUCUUCCUUCAAGUGUGGUGUGUUAUUAAAAUCAAAGUGUUUACAAAUAAGUGUGAUAAGAAGAAGGGCUUUGGUGUUUUUUCCGUGCGCGCAAGAUGCUCGUGCUGUAAAACUUUGUUUUUCGUUUAUCGCAGUGCAAAUAAUCGCGAGUUUAAAAAUAACACAGUAACCGCGGUUUCUGGUGUUUUGAACAUUGAAGGGAUCACGUGACAGUGCAAUAACAAUUAUUCCGACAACAAAUCGCUCCGCAACAGCCUCGAGAUCUGACCCAGUGGGAUUUUUAAACACAUGGUGAUCCUGGUGUUCCGGUGAGGGGGAGCCCGGCCAUGCGCCUCGGCCUGGCUUCUCUGCUGGUCGCGCUCUUAUUGUUUUCACCCUCCCGUUCGACCUCCCCCUUGCCGCCCUUCGAAGAAGACGCCAAUGCUCGCUUCCUGGCGUUGCACGCAGCCCCGUCUAGACCUUCCUCCUCCAGCACGACCAGCAGCACCCACCACCACCACCAGAAUGCGCCACCACCUUUUAAAAAAUACACCUCUUCCGAGGAGGACAUCCAGCACAAUGACCUGGACAUGGGGCACCGGGACGAAGAGGCGUUCAGAUAUACGUCGGCUAGUGCGUAUUCGGUGGUGGACAGGAGGGAGAACCUCACCAGUGAAAAUCUCAAGAGUCAGCCGUUGCACAAGAGGAAGCAGAUUACGGUGGGGUAUCUCACGGCCGUCAAGGGGGAGCUUAGGGAGAGGCAGGGGCUGGCGGUCUCGGGGGCCAUCUCCAUGGCGUUAAACGAGGUUAACAACGACCCCGACAUCCUCCCCAACGUGACACUAGUGAUGAGGUGGAACGACACAAGGGGAGACACAGUGAUAGCGACUAGAGCCAUGACCGAUAUGGUCUGUGACGGCGUUUCGGCCUUUUUCGGACCUGAAGGCACCUGCCAUGUUGAAGCUAUAGUCGCCCAAUCCAGAAAUAUUCCAAUGAUUAGUUAUAAAUGUUCAGAUUACAAAGCUUCUCAAGUACCAACUUUCGCACGAACCGAACCACCAGAUACACAGGUGACCAAGUCAGUUGUGUCCCUUUUGGACUACUACAAAUGGUACAAAUUCUCGAUUAUUUACGAAGAAGCGUGGUAUACUGUAGCACAAUCGCUGGUACAAGAAGCCAAAAAGAAGAAUAUGACCAUCAAUGAUGAGAAGAAGGCGAAAGAUAGCUACAAGUGCUGUGCGGAACAACUCACUUGUUGUGGGAGCGGAUAUUGGUACCAGUUUAUACAAAAUACCAAAAAUCGCACUAGGAUCUAUGUUUUUUUGGGUGGUUUGACCUCUUUACUCGACCUUAUGAUAACAAUGCAAACGGCCCAAUUGUUCGAAAACGGCGAAUACAUCGUAAUUUACGUCGACACCAACACUUAUUCGGAAAAAGAAGCCCACAAAUACAUUUGGAAACCGGCAAUUUUCGACAAAUACGAAAGUUGUAUAAGCAAUGACUACAAUGGGCUGCUGAAACGUGGCAAAUCAUUAUUUGUUGUGGUGCCAACAGCACCGACUGAAAAUUACGAAAGCUUCACUGAAAAAGUCCGGUAUUACAAUUCAAGGGAACCUUUCAAUUUUGAGACUUCAGUUUUGCUGAAAUCGUUCGAAAAGUACGUUUCGAUUUAUGCCGCUUAUUUGUACGAUUCGUUCAAACUUUACGCCAACGCUUUGCACAAAUUGUUGUCAGAAGAGCCGGCUUUAACCGACGAACUGAUCGAAGAAAUCGCCAGCAAUGGGACCAAAAUCGUCGAAACCAUCAUCCAAAUGAAGACUUACAAAAGCAUCACUGGAGCCACAAUGAAACUGGACAAAAACGGCGAUUCCGAAGGGAAUUUUUCAGUCCUGGCCUUUCAGCCCGUCAGUGGCGACCAACACGUCCAUGGGAAUUUUUCGUGUCCGUUUCAGAUGCGUCCAGUGGGUCAGUUUUUCCAACAGUCGGGCGAUUUUCCAGAGUACAAAAUUUACACCAACACCCAGAUACAAUGGGCCGGGUCGGACAAACCCAACGACGAACCCAGCUGUGGGUUUAAUAACGAAUUGUGCCCCAAACCCAACACCCAUCUCAAUAGCAUUAUAGCGGCGGGAGUUUUGGCGAUUUUGCUCUUCUGUGCUGGAGUUAUUACCAUGAGCAUCUAUCGGAAAUGGAAAAUCGAGCAGGAAAUUGAGGGCUUGCUGUGGAAAAUCGACCGCAGCGAAAUACACAGUUAUUUCGAGAGGGAUAUUGUUUCUAGUCCAAGUCGGCUUAGUCUAAUUAGUGCAAGCGUCACUUCGUACGAAUCCAGAGGCGGAUUGCAAGUUUUUGCAACGACUGCUCAAUACCGUGGCGUUGUGGUUCGAAUAAAAGAACUGACUUUUUCCCGAAAAAAGGAUAUUUCACGGGACGUUAUGAAGGAAAUGAGGUUAUUGAGAGAGUUGAGACAUGAUAACAUCAAUUCGUUUAUUGGUGCUUGCGUUGAACCGACUUCUUUGCUACUAGUCACUGAUUAUUGUGCCAAAGGAAGCCUCUAUGAUAUUAUAGAAAACGAGGAUAUUAAAUUGGACAAGAUGUUUAUCGCGUCGCUGGUUCAUGAUCUCAUUAAGGGCAUGCUGUACAUCCACAAUUCGAUGCUAGUAUGUCACGGUAAUUUAAAAUCGUCAAACUGUGUGGUGACUAGUCGAUGGGUCCUCCAAGUGACCGAUUUUGGCCUCGCGGAGAUGCGACAUUGCGCCGAAAACGACAGCAUCGGCGAACACCAGUAUUACCGAAGUUUGUUCUGGAAGGCGCCCGAAAUUUUGCGCAACCCUAGCGCGUAUUGUCGCGGCACUCAAAAGGGCGACGUUUACGCGUUUGCCAUCAUUUUGUACGAGAUUUUGGGCCGGAAAGGCCCUUUUGGAAUGACUGGUUUCGAACCCAAGGAGAUCAUCGAAUUGGUUAAACGCGAACCGAUCGAUGGUGAAGAGAGUUUCAGGCCUGAUAUUGAUCUUUUACUCGACUGUGAAAUCGGCUGUGAUGAUUACGUUUUACAAUGUAUGAAAGAUUGUUGGGCUGAAAAUCCCGAAGCCAGGCCUGAUUUUGCCGCUAUUAGGAGUCGGCUGAAGCGAAUGAAGGACGGAAAGAAUAAAAAUAUCAUGGAUCAAAUGAUGGAUAUGAUGGUUACGUAUGCGAAUAAUUUGGAGGAAAUUGUGACUGAACGGACGCGCUUGCUGUAUGAAGAAAAAAUGAAAACGGAAGAUUUGCUACACAGGAUGUUACCGAAACCAGUUGCUGAAAGAUUGACCAAUGGUUCAGGAGUAGAGCCUGAAUCUUUCGAUUCUGUGACGAUUUAUUUCAGCGAUAUUGUCGGUUUUACAGCAAUGUCGGCUGAAAGUACGCCACUCCAAGUCGUCAAUUUCUUAAACGAUCUCUAUACAGUAUUUGAUAGGAUCAUCAAAGGUUACGAUGUUUACAAAGUUGAAACGAUUGGUGAUGCCUACAUGGUGGUUUCUGGCCUCCCGUUGCGCAAUAAAGACCGCCACGCCGGCGAAAUCGCCUCAAUGGCUUUGGACUUACUCUCCGCUGUCAAAAACCAUUCCAUUUCGCACCGACCGAAAGAAGUCCUAAAACUACGAAUCGGCAUCCACACAGGACCGGUCGUUGCCGGCGUAGUUGGACUUACAAUGCCUCGCUAUUGCCUUUUUGGCGACACUGUCAACACAGCCUCUCGUAUGGAAAGCAACGGAGAGCCGCUCAAAAUACAUAUCAGUCACCAGUGCAAGGAAGUGCUCGAUAAAUUAGGUGGCUACAUUAUAGAAGAACGCGGGCUGGUUAACAUGAAGGGAAAAGGCGAAGUCAGGACGUUUUGGCUGAUUGGAGCAACGGAUCAAGCGAUACAGAGACGAGAAGUGGACUUGGGGGACAUUCCGCCACUUUUUUGCAGGCCUAGGAGGAGUCCCAAGCUGAAUAACGACUCCAGGCAGGCUAGUGUCUGUGGGGGGUUUGGGGGGAUGACCAGUCGGAGGCACUCCAGUGUUCCGAGAGGUGCAAGUAUCGAAGUGGAAAGCACCUCCACGUUGCCGAGUCCUCUCCCAACGCGCCUCAAAAUAACAUCGCGCCAUUUGAAUGUUCCAGACCAAGGCUCCAAACUGACCAUUAACACGGCCUUCGGCAGCCAAAUCAUCGAAAAUCCCGAGGAGUUGAGACGCGGCUUGCGCCCUCGGAGAGUGCUUUCCAGCAUAGCCUCGAGCUCGGACGAGCAGAAGAAAAGCCAAAAUAUGCUCAACAAAAUUCGAGAAUCGCGCAGUUUGGAUCCGCUGCCGUUGGUGCGGCCGAAGCCGGUUGAGGGCAAGCCGCUGGAUGUGGGGAAGAGGUCCACCAGGUCGUUGGAAAACUGUGAUAAGUGCGGCGAGGUGCAAAUCAUCGCUAUUCCGGAGGACAAACUCUUCAAUAAUAAUUUUCCAAAUGGGAAUAUUCUGCCGACUGAUGAAAGUUAUAUUGAGGAUGUGCAAGUACCGUUGCUUAACACGCAGUGUCCGGUGGUGAGGAGGAGGGGAGGGAGUGCCAUUGACGAUACGUUGCAAAAUCACACCUCCAAAAGAUGGCGCUCUUUGGAGUCGCUCCCAGCCAGCUGCGACCCCGUCCCGGACAUCCAGAGCAAGAAAAAAGCCUCGUUGAAGAGUUGGUUGGUGGGACUUUUCAACGGAAACGGCCUAAAGUCGAGCAAUACCUCGCUCAGGAAGGGAGUCAUCAACGAUUACAAUAACUUAACCGAGAAGGAAAGUAUCGUGUGAGGAGAAACUAACUAGAGUCAGUUUCUGGCUGAAGAAGAAGGGUAAACUAGUCGAAUUAUUAUUGAGGAUAAUAAUAAUAAUUAGAAGAAGAAGAAGAGAAAAAAAACGGUUAUAUUUUUGAUGGAAGACGACUUAUCGGUAUAUUUUUAUGCCCACAAUUAUAUUAGAUAAUAUAUUGUUGCAUUUAUGUAAGAAAGUCGCAAUUAUUAAAAAUCCGUUUUUGCCAUAAUCUAGUUUAUUUUUGGGAUUUGGAUAAUUGUAACUUUCGCGCCACGUUAUGCUUCUUCAAGUGAAUUAAUUCUCCUACUUGUUCGUCGUUACAUUAUAAUAGAAUUUAUGUGAUAGCGCGCGUAAGGUUUUAAAAUCCAAUUUUUAAGUAUGUGAGAUCUAGUUUUAACAAGUGUUUUAUAUGUAAACAUCUGUUACCCAAUUGUGAUUAUAUUUUUCUAGCUGCUGCUGCUGCAAAAAAAAAACAAUCUGGAUAAUACGACAGCAUUUAAAUAUGUAUGAUGAACCAAUUUCAACGAUCUGACUGGUGAAUUUUUUCGUUCGGUGGUACAAAGUCGGAAUUUUGUGUUAGAGGCUGUGAAUAUUAUCUUCUUGUGUAAAUAAAUUAUGUCAUAUCUUUGCACUAUUCGAUGUGCCAUUAACUUAUAAUUGUAUCGAGGUACCUAAUUAUGUAAAUAGUCUAGGUAUUGUUUGAUAAUAUACUUAUUUAUUUAUUAA